AUGUCGUCAAAUGCUGGAAUCCCCAUCCAUGGCAAGAUCGACGAUACCCAUACGACGCUGAUGAACGCUCAAUAUGCGCCGAACAACAUUCCAACACCAUGGCCGCUGGUUGUAUUCAGCUUGCUCCUUUCAUUUAUUAUCUGCUGUAUUGGCGCAGCUGCAGCAUUAAUGUCAGUCGAUCCACAAGGGAUGUCAGCUAAAUCUACGUCGAUUCCUCUGAGCAGAAUAUCUGGCAAGAGGAAAGUAACUGUAACGAGCACGACCACAGUCACGGCAGUAUCAUACAAACCAAGGAGCCUACCCAGAACGAUCAUCUACUACCUGACCGUAGUGUUCUGCACCUUCCGUGCUAUAUCCGCCUUCAUAAUCGGACUAAAAAGUCUCCAAGACGACACUACUCCGCUCGCCGCCCCCUCAGUGAUUCUCCUCGCCCUAAUCUCAACCCAAAUCAUGGACUGCAACAUCGGCCACAACCCUCUAACUCGCCUCAUCCUCGAGCUCGACAUAAUCGCUCUGGCCAUCUCCUUCGGAAUGUCAGGCUAUGCCCCCAAUCACCACGAAUGGUGGCCCCGCUACAGCACCAUGAAGAUCACCGAUGGAAACUGCCCCGUUUACGCCGGGGACUGCAUGUCCCAAGCCCCGCACUGGCUGUCCGUCGGGUGCGGCGACUGGAGCACGCCUACCAACUACGAUAGUGGCGUCUCAUACGGAUAUCCUGAGGUUUUCUAUCUCCCGUACCAGAAUACCGGGGAUCUGAAUGUGCAGACGGGAAUGAAUACCCUGCACGCUACGGAGAUGACGAUUAUUGUGUUCGGGAGCGUAUGGUGGUGUUUUGUCUUCUUCCACAUACUCGACAUAUUUACCACGCUCGAGGAUAUCUUUAAACGGAAACCAGCCGGGACGUCGCUUGGCGGGACGUCGCUUGGCGGGACGUCGCUUGGCGGGACAUUGAACCAACGCUCCAUCUUCUCAUCCAUCAAAUCGCUCCUCGCACCUCUGUCUCCCCGAGCUCGCCGCCAGCCCGCUCCAAGGAAGGUCGCAACGGCUUGGCAACAGUCGUACUACCCGUUAAUCUGCGUACUCGGUCUGUUCGUAGCGUUUGUGGUCAUGUUGAUGAGUAUUGGGGCACAUGCAAGUCAGAUGAUGAAGAAGCAGCAAACGACGUACUUGGAGAGCUUUGGGCCGCAGGUGGGCACGAAUUUCACAACGGACGGGAAUGGGGUUAUUACCGGGAGCGAUUAUUGGGGGAAUGCGACGAGUUGGAGUGAUUGUUUUGUGGUGAGGGCGCCGGGGAGUAGAAAUGGGUUUUGGAGUGAGUGGGUGGAGAGUAAUAGGAGAGGAGGCGCGUUGUUCAGGAUUGCGGCGGGGAUGUGA